CACAAAGGUUGUGAAGAAAACCAAAGCACUGACUGCAGCGACGGCGCUGCCCGUUUGGCUGCUGGUCGGGAGAAACGGAAUCACGGAGUCUAACGUGUCGUUUCAUGGACAGAGACUGGGAAAGGAAACGAAUGGUCUGGAAUGUCAGAGCCAUGUUCGGCUCCCACACUGGAGACUAUCUGUGGGCUGUUUCUUGACAUGAUGGGUGAUUGGGGCGUUGACCUAGAUCGAGUGGUGCUCGUGCUCGGAGACUGGCAGAGACGCUGGACCUCAGCUGCGGUGCACACCUACUGCAGCUUGUGGUGAACGAGGGCGUCGGCGGUCAGAGAGGCGCUGCUUCAUGCCCUCGUGCUCUGAAGUUUUAAAGCACGUCUCUUAAUGUGACUUUACACUGCAGGCUUCUAUCCUCGGCUUUCAGAACGUCGAGAGAGAAAUCCUAAAGCCGAUGAUCAGCUUCCUCCUGCGGCCGACGGAGAUGGCCGUGUGUAUCAGUCGUGGGCUGCGAGGCCGGCAGGAUCCUCUCUCUCCUGGUGUGACUCGUCGAUCCUCUCCUGAUCUGCUGACGCCGUCUCACUUCAUCCUGCCAUCUGCACCCACUCCUGCAGCUCCACUGCCCGUCCUGCCCCUCCCUUCAGCCCCGGCGUGCUCUGCGGCUGGACUGGGCAGGACACGGGCACCGGACCCGUGGGUCAUCAUCGCUCAGACUCAGCAGGAGCUGCUGGAGCUCCGGAGAGAAAACCAGAGACUCAAACUGCAGCAGCACAGAGACCCUCACAGCCCGGACCCCCAGAGCAAGGAGAGAGAGCGCUUGAGGGGGGAGAGGGAGGAGCUGAGGUCGGAGGUGGAGAGGCUGAAGGAGGAGCUCGGAGAGCGAGAGAGGAGACUGAGCAGGCAGCGGGCGGAGUGUGACGAGCUGGACGCUGAACUGAUUCGCUGUAAAGAAGCCCUGAACCAUAGCAGAGAGAAGGUGUGUGAGCAUCACUCUGCCGAAAUUUCAGCUCUGUCUCAGUCCCACACACAGCUGCAGGACACGCUGACCGCUGCCACACAGGAAGUGACCUCACUGAGGCAGCGUGUGGAGGAAGUGACCUCAGAGAGGGAGAGGCUGCAGGAACAGCUCAGCACUCAGAACAGUGUAAUAGCUGAACAGACAGACACUCUGCAGAAACUGCGUAGCUACAUUGGGACCCACUGUGGAGACGAAGAGCAGCAGCAGCAGCAGCAACACACACUCAUUCAGAAGCUGCAGAAGGAGAAUGAAGCCCUCUGUGUGUCUGUGGAGCUGCUGAAAGUUCGAGUUCAGGCUGCCAGCGACAUCCUGGCUUUACAGGAGAGAGAACUGAGAGACGAGUGUGAUCCUCUCCAGAAGGACGGUGCGGCCGGCCGACUGCUGAGUUUGUGGAGAGAGAAAGUCUUCAUUCUGCUCGUUCAGCUACAAUCCAGAGAUUUACAACUACACACCGAGAAAUCUCAGCUACACGACACGGUCUGUGAUCUUCAGCUGGACGUUCAGAAGCUGCAGUCUCAGCUCAGCGUUGUGCAGCACAACCUUCGGGACAGAACAGCCCAGCUGGAGCUGCAGAACCUACACACUCAGGAGCUGCAGGAGCAGUUGAGCUGUGCUGUGGAGGAGAACACAAAACUAAAAGAACAGAAGGAGAACCGAGAGAGAUCCUUCAGCGCCAUCACUGAUACUGCACACAGGGUCAGCGAGUCAGUAGGUCAGUGUGCAGGUCAGAUGGACGCAGCUCAGUGUCGGAUGGACAGUCUGGCUCAGAGACUCUCCUUUGCCACCAAACGCCUCGACACUGUACAUGGUCUGCUGUUGAGGAGAGAGGCUCUCCGUAAAGCCCAUCAGGCCUCCAGACCCCCCGACCCUGCAGCCUCAGACAGCCGCAUUGAGAGGCUGCAGUCAGAGGUGGCGCUGCUGAGCUCAGAGAGAGAUGCGCUGACCCAGGAACUGAAGCGAACUCCACAACUGAUCCAGAACGCUCUGAGUGACCUGCAGCAGCAGCUAGAGAAGGAGGUGGGCCUCCUUACGCAGGCCCUGUCACGGAGCAGAGCAGAGCUGGAUGAGUGUGAGCUGAGACGUUUAGAAGCUCAGAGACAGUGUGAGGAACGAGAGGAGACCAUUGCGGAGCUCCGUACUGAGGCCCAUCGCGCAGAGCAGCACUGUGAGGAACUGGAGGGGACCAUCACGGAGCUCCGCACUGAGCCCCAUCGCAUACAGCAGCACUGGCAGAGUCUCAUGCAGGAGAAGGUGUCUGAGAUGGAGAGGGUGUGUGAUAAGCAGCUGAGAGAGAUGGAGACUCUGCUCAACACAGCGAGGAGAGAGCACACUAAAGCAGUGGUUGCACUCCGGCAGGUGGAGAGGACGGCGGCAAGAGAGCGAGAGCAGGACAGAGAGGCCGAGCGAACGCGAUCAGAACUCACACACACACACAUCACUCAGCUACACACUCAGCUGAAGGACAAGGACAGAGAGUGGAAUGUCCUGCUGGCGCUGGUCCAGCAGCAUGGUCUGAUGAGUGAGUACAGGAGAAUGAGGAGAGCAGCUCUACGGAUUCCAGCAGCAUUGCAGGAGGAAGAACAACACAAACAACAACAACACAACAAGCAGCAGGAGGUGCUGAGUGUGUUGGGGGAGGUGCGGUCUCUCAGCUCCGCUCUCAUCCGCAGCUCGGAGGAGGAGGAGGAUGAAGAGGAGGAGGGUCAGGGAGACGUCACACCGUGAACACUGUAAAACU